GGGUUACCGGCGCGGGGUAAGACGCACAUGGCGAAGCGUCUGUGCCAGUACCUCCGGUUCUUCCACGGCGCCAGGACGCAGGUGUUCAACGUCGGGUCGUACAGACGUAAGAUGAUGGGCAAGACCAAGGCGGACAGCGAGUUCUUCCGGGGAAACGGCGAGAACGACGCGCUGCGAAAGUCCUUCGCGCGAGCCGCGCUGAAGGAUCUGGUUGAUUUUUUGUUCCAGGAGGAUCUGGGUUCCAACCUGGAGCAGCGGUCCGCGGACAGCGGACGGGUGGCCAUCUUCGACGCGACGAACACCACGAAGGAACGCCGGGAGUGGAUCCGCGCUCAACUCGACGGGCUGCCGCUGAAGCUGCUGUUCAUCGAGUCGGUGUGCACGGACCAGGCGAUCAUCGAUCGAAACAUCUGGCACGUCAAGGUGAACAACGAGGACUACGUGACGGAGGCGGACAAGCGACGCGCGUACGACGAUUUCAAAAAGCGGAUAGAGAACUACGAGGCCGUGUACCAGCCCAUAGACGAGGAGCACCUGUCGUUCAUCAAGCUCAUAAACUGCGGGAAGAAGGUUGAGAUCAACAACAUCCACGGCUUUCUCUGCGGCCGCAUCGUUCAGUUUCUGACCAACAUGCACGCCACGCACCAGACGAUUUACCUCACCAGGCACGGUCAGAGCGAGUACAACUACCAGGGAAAGAUCGGAGGCGACUCCGGGCUGUCCAUGAUGGGCGAGAAGUACGCGCUCGCGCUCGCCAAGUACUGCGUCGAUCACCUCACGAAAGACCCACACACGGGCGAACCCGUGCCGUGCCGGCUGUGGACGUCCAGUCUGCAGCGAACCAUAUUAACCGCGAGACACAUCCCGCACCCAAAGGUCAAACCCAUGUCCCCUCGGGUGUUGAGGAACCUGGACGAGAUAUACGCGGGCGUGUGCGACGGGAUGACGUACGACGAGAUCGAGGCCAACUAUCCGGAGGAGUUCGCGCUGCGAAACGAAAACAAGCUGGGAUACCGGUACCCCCGCGGGGAGUCUUACCUGGACGUGAUAUCCCGUUUGGACCCGCUGAUACAGGAGCUCGAAUCGUACCAAGAACCGGUGCUCAUCGUCGGUCACCAAGGCGUGCUGAGGCUCAUCUACGCGUACUUCACCGGCAUGGACCGAACGGAAGCGUGCAACGCAUCGAUACCGCUCAACACGGUGAUAAAGGUGAGUUUAUUUUCAUUUUCGUAUGGGCAAUUAUUAUGA